GCGCAUCCUGGCAUGCUCUGUACGCAAUUGCGUGAAUCCACAGCGAGAACACUGGAAACGACACAACAACAACACUCUCUCUUUAACGGGACUUUCGGGGCGACACAUCAUCAUCAUCAUCAUCAUCAUCAUCAUCAUCAUCAUCAUCAUCAUCAUCAUCAUCUCUCUCUCUCUUUGUGGGAUGCUCGGAGUCACCACCAUUACGUCAUCUAUUCCCACACAGCCGAGCAGGAAUCGAGAGCUUUUUCUUUUCUUUUUCAUAUUCAACCGGGACCCGAUCAUUUGGACGGAGCGGCAGCAGCUCUCUAAUACAUCACGCGGCAGUGGGGGAAGGCUAAUGGAUGUAUAAAUAUAGAAAAAUAGCCCACAUCAACAAUGUCUGCGGGGAUGAUGGCGCUUCAAUGAGCGAGGAGGAGAGGAGGGGGAGAGGAGGAGAGACGUGCACCGUCAUCAGCAUCUGUCCGCCAGCUCCCCUUUGUGUUCGCCGGAGAGCGUGAAUGGCGAGAGAUGACAUGGCAGAGGUAGAUCUGGCACCGAGCGGAGCGGAACCCCCCGGAGAGGCCUCCUCGGUGUUCCCCUACGAGGAGUACGAGUGCAAAAUCUGCUACAACUACUUCGACCUCGACCGCCGCGCGCCGAAGAUCCUCGAGUGCCUGCACACGUUCUGCGAGGAGUGCCUGAACACGCUCCAUCUGCGCGAGGAGCGGCCGUGGCGCAUCAGCUGCCCCGUCUGCCGCCACCGGACGCCGGUACCGGAUUACCGGAUCCAAAACCUGCCCAACAACACCAAGGUGACGGAGGAUUUCCCGCUCUACAUCGAGUCGGACCCCUUGCCCCAGGACGCGCUGCCGCCGUACCCUCCCCCGCUGCACCCGGCGCUCGUCGCCCUGCGCCGGGAGGAGACGUCGGGGACGUCCAGCGUCGGCCAGGCGACCCCGUCCACCACCGUGUCCACCGCCACCACCCUCUCCCAGGACUCGGUGCGCUACGACAGCUGCCAGAGCUGCAAGCGGGUGGCGCUGACCACCGGCUGCGUCUGCGUGAUCUUCUCCUUCCUCUCCAUGCUGGUGUUGCUCUUCAUGGGCCUGAUCUUUGUGCACAGCCACAGCAUCCCACCCUCACCGGCGGGACCCAUUUGCCUGUCGGUGGCCAGCAUCCUGGCCAUGUUCUCGGUGGUGGUCACGUGGCUCAUCUGCUGGCUCAAGUACAGACCCGAUCACGAGGCGGGCCGCUCGUCCGCCACCAGCAACUCCCGGAGAAACGCCUGACGCGGCCGCCGGCUUUGACUCUGAACGCUGGUGUGUGUGUGUGAUUGUGUACAUAAUACUGGCAACUGAUUCUCCCGCUCCCUUUACCUUUUCUAGGGAACAAAAUGUCGUCCAAAAAUUGCCUUUUCUUAUAUAGCAAACACCCAAAAGGCCUUCGUGUUGUUUGGAGCAAUAGGCCGACAUCAUCCUUGAUAAUCUUGUUCUUAAACGGUGCACUUGAAUUGCCAGUAUUGGCCCCUGGUGUUGGAUCUCAGCUGGUUUGAUGACUGAAUGUGAGUGAAGUGCUUAUUUCCAGGGUUUUGACCCCCGCUCUUUCCUGCUAUAAAUGAUAUGCAUCUCCCACAAUGCCACUCACUGUAUGAUAACUGUCCACGAGGAUCCACUCUUAUAUCUCAACCGAGCACUAAUGUACUGUACAGAUAUUUAACUAUGUUCACCUCUCAGCUGAUGUAUUUAGGUUUUGAUGGAGGAGAAGCCUCCAAAGUCUCCCCAACGAGGAAGUCGUGUAAAUAGCUCACAGAGAAGCAGAACUGUAAGGUGUCGUCCGUCUUUCUUGAUGACCUUUUGUGCUUGAACUCUUUCCUAAAGGAUGCCACUGUUUCCUGUUCUCUCACCGUGAACACUGCACCUCUUCCAGGUUCUAUUUGUUUUUGUUUUCUCGAAGGGAUUCGCUUGUGAUUUUGAAAGUGUUUGCCUACAUUUUGUGCAUGUUAGCCUCCUGAAAGGUCACAGCUUUUUGUUUCUACUUCUUUUGUUUUUGUUUUUAUCAACAGGAGGGACAUCGUGUCUCCUGACUCGUGUGCCUCACCUUUGAAAACAACAACUUCACUGUAGUCAUGAUCACGAUGGUGCACGGGGCCUCCUGCCGCAGACGGCAUCCAGCUGGAGUUUCAGUACAGGCAGAGAUUUCCUCUUUGUGUCACAUCCUUUACGCAAACGGAAGCUGAAAAACAGGGUUUCCAACCACGGAGCUGCCUCUCAAAUCGCCACCUUUAUUUCUUUUUACACUUAUGAUAAAUGUGUCUCUUUGCAUCCGGCUUUGAAGAGAGGUCAGAAUAGAUACCAUAAGCCAGGCCACCUUCAGCGCCAUGUUCACUCCUCUUCUUCCUCUCAAAGCGUGAGAAUCUAAAGCAUCUGUUUUCCAGGCCAGACCCAGUGAACAAAGGACAGAUUUGGUGUCACUGUGGUUCCUCUUGAGAUCGUCAGGAGUCCUAAUUACAUCUGCAAACGUUAGGAGCCCCAUGAGCUUUGUGGCUGUGAUCAGAAAGAGGCUUAGGAGAGAUUCAUGUGUUUGUGUUAUUUCAGUACCAUGCAAAUAUUACAUUUGCCUGAACUUAAACAUAAUAAAAACGUUUUUCCCCCCUCAGAAAUACAAGUAAAGCAGAAACACUUUACUAACAAACGCAUCAAAAAGGCUAAAACGUGAAACUUCUUCUCAACAUUACUGUGAACCCGUUGGUCAAAUCUGUGUGUGUAAUCGUUGCUAAUCUAUACAACUAUUUAUUUAUUAUUCUUGAAUAUGGAGAGAAGAGUACCUUAUUUGUUUGAGGAAUGUGAGUUACACGCCUGUGUUGUGUUUCUGCCCCCCCGACCUUCCUGUGUAGAAUUCGGACACCGAAGUGGUUUUAAUGUGAGCACUUGUUGCCCUCGCACACACUCAUGGUAUCCUUCCUCACUGCAUGGGGAAUAAAACGACAAUAAUUCAACAUGAUUGUUAACUCCCACUCCAAUCUGAGUCCCACGCUCGCGUCAAUCAUCCUGCCCAACCCUAUUCCCCCCCCACCUUUUAGAUGAUGCACUUUCACCCUCGUAUUUGACUCAAGUAACGAGGUAAAAUACCUUUUUUGUUAAAUGUAAGCGUAUAUUGUAUUUAUUUCAGAGGACCGUUUGGUUUUUAAUGAGAAUCUGUGGUUGUUGUUGAAGUACCAAAAAGUAUUUGCACAGAGAAAUGUUCCUUAUGUGCUGUUUUACAUACAUAAAAUAAAAAACACAUUUCAGUAAUAAAGGAAUACCUGGAAUAUCCGGUUGCGUCCAUCAUUCAGUCUUCAAAAGCUCAGUCUUACAUAAUAACUGUGUGAACAAGCUGAUCCCAUGUCCACACAAGUAAAACACAUUGUGUUUGUUAAAUAGGAAUCACAUGUUAAAUAUCAAACCAGUGUGUCAGUGCAGGCUCAAAGAUCAGAUGUGCCCCCUACUGGUAGACACACAGUGCUACAUGCCAUUAAUAAUAUAAAAAGAAUGUGUCAACUUGAUUGCACUUCUCAUGCAGGUCCAGUUGUGUAAACUUCUGGUGGCUGAAACUUGAUUAAAAGUAAAUACAUUUUUCAAUAUGUUAAACUGUGAGG